UUGCCUUUCUGUUCAGUUUAACUGCAGCACUGGAUCUGGACUGUUGAUCGCAAGAUUUGUAUUAAGCAGCGACAUUUACAAUAUCUGCAAAUAUCUUAUAAAAGGAGGAUAUGCACACACAUUUUGUUAUUGUUUGAGUUUGAAUAAUAAAACAUGAAUCUCACAGCAAUGACUAUUUCCGUAAUGGCAGUUCUGCAGUUCUCGCUAAUUCUGCUAUUGAUGCCAACGACACUGAUUUAUGCCGAAGAGCAUGAUCAAAACGUCUCCCGCAGUAGUGCCCGACUGAUUUUAAAGACUCGCUCCGGGUUUAUUCUUGAGCGUGAGGCACGCGGAGCUGUUAGUGUAGCGAGCGAGGCUGGCACACCAACACCUGCGUCUAGUAAAGAAAACAAACGGAUCAGGAAUAAUAAGAAAUCCAUUAAAAGGCAAGAUCAUUUACAACACGGAGCAACAUCGACAGGUGGACGCAAGUCGGGGUUUAAGAAGCUAGGCGAUAAUGGCAAUAACAAUUCGCAGCACAAUCGGCAAAUUUUUAAACAACAGCAGAAGCACCAGCAACAACACUCACAGCAAGAACAACAAGAUGGCAAUGAACAGGGGCUUAAACCAAAGGUCAAGACUUCCGAAAAUAACAAGUCAUCUACCUGCCGUUAUGCCAAGACCGUUUGGUCGGAUUGCGAUGGUGCAACAAAUAUGCGGACGCGCACCUUGUCUCUAAAAAAGGGUGAAGCCAAUUGUCUUCCCACUCGAACCAUUCAGAAGAAGUGCAAAAAAGACUGUCAUUAUGAAAAGGGCGCUUGGUCAGAUUGCAUUGCUGGGCAAAUAACACGUGAAGAUAAACUAAGAGCUGAUUCAUCUACAAUGGGAACUGGGCAAUGUGAUCCCGUACGUACAGUUUAUAAAAAAUGUAAUCCGGGUGCCAAACAAAGAGGCGUUGCAGCUAAUCGUAGUGGUAACAAAGAACGCAAACGCAAGGAAAAGGGCACGCGCCGUACACCGACGGAAGUUUAAAAGGUCUUCAAUUUUUUUUUUAUACUGAAGGAGUUAAAACGACGUAUGUAUAAGUACAUAUGUUGUAUGUAUGAACAUGCGUAGAUGUAUGAAAUGUAUAAGCUAUCAGCAAGAAAAUUUAUUGCUUGCUUUACUUUAAAAAACAUAACUUUUUGUAAACAUUUAAGAGAGCAGCAAAUUUCCAUAAUUGCUAUUUUCACUAUAAAAUUAUACAUAUUUUUGACAUGAUUUAAAACGUUAAAACUGUGACAAUAAAUAUGAGAUGAGCAAAAAUGCAAAACAAAAAAG